UACUUUGAGUUUGUGGGCAUGGAGGAGGCGGAACGAGGAGAGAGAGAGAGAGAGAGAGCAUGACUGCUAUCAUUCUCUCUUCAGACCUUUGUAGAAAGCCUUGGGAUCGAAGGCAGGGAUUUAAUAAUGGCGUGAAGGAAGUAUAAUCAUCUCCCUGUAAUUGCAGAGCGCGCAAAAAGCCUCGGUUGAAAAAACAAACAAAAAGAAAAAGAUCAGAGGGGAGAGAGAGAGAUGAAGAUGAUUUUCUAUCGUUAAUUUUCAGAGGUGCAGAAAGUUUGGCUAAAAAGAAAAAGAAGAAAAUCGGGAGGGAAGAAGGGGGUGGUGGGUGGGAGGUGAGGGGAGGAGGGUUUCCUGGGAUGAUUUAUUCAGUCAUUUUUUUUUUCCUUUCUUUUCAGGACUACUUUAGACUGAGAGAUGAAUGAGUAAAGAGGAAACGAGUAGAAAAGUAGCUAAAAGCAAGAAGGUUUGUGGGUGUCAACUGAACUGGUUUUUGAAUAGAGUGAGAGAUUCCUGGAGCUAGCUAGUUAAAUUUUAAUUACUCAUCUUGGGAUUUUCAAGCCCUUAAAAAAUUAUCAUGGAGUCUGCAAAUCUCCAUCACCAGCAUCAGCUCCAAGAACAGCUGGUUGGUUCUACUUCUUUAGCAACACCUUCCUUCUAUGGAGUCGGAAGCGACCAUUCUUGGAACUCAAAUCUCAUUUUGAACGAUGGUAGUUUCAAUCAAAAUGUUAGUGGGGUUUUCUCAAACUCAAGGGAUCUAAGGCAAAACAAUGACAUUCUGAUUUCUCCUCCUCUCAAUAGUUCCAUGAUCCAGGACAUGGGUUUCCACUGGACUGGUAAUGCAGGGAGUUUCACCAACAAUUCAGCCAAUCAACUACACCUUGCAAAAAUCAAGGAGGAAUUAUCGGAUUCUUUUCCUAAAUUUAGCGAAACAGUUACAAAUCUGGACGAGUUCCAUUUACCGUCUACGAGCUACGUUAAAAAUGAGCAGCAACAACAACAUCUUCAUGAUCUGAGUGAGAAGAUCUUGCUCAGAACCUUGUCUUCUGGUAGAAUCAACGCACUCCAGCAUUCAGAAGAAGAGUUGUACUCUGAUGCUCAGAGUUGUGCUAGUUUGGGAGGUAUACCUACAUCCAGUGCAGCGAGCUUCAGCCGGAUAUUUCCGACUACUAACAUCUCGAACAAGAACUCAUCUUCUUCUCCAUUUUCGAGUUCCUUUGGAAUGAAUUUGCAAGCUUUGGAUCUCCUGACUUCUACAAGAUAUACUGGAAGUUUUAGCCAGCCCUCGCAUGGUAAUCUCGGCAUGCUUAGAGACAGUCUUUCUUUCGGUCUUGACCAGCUGCAGCAAUCCAGUCAUAAGUCACCAUAUAGUCCCAAUAAAGUAUCAUCCUUCUCAAAUGGAGUUACAGACACAAAGAGGCAAAGCAGUUUAGCAGACGCGAAGCUAUCUCAAGCAGCAACCAAGAAACCUCGGUUUGAGUCGCGCUCAUCGUUUCCCCCCUUCAAGGUUAGAAAGGAGAAACUAGGGGAUAGAAUUGCAGCUCUCCAGCAGUUGGUGUCACCUUUCGGCAAGACGGACACGGCGUCGGUACUAAUGGAGGCUAUUGGGUAUAUUAAAUUUCUCCAAGACCAGGUUGAGACGCUAAGUGUGCCUUAUAUGAAGUCAUCCCGAAGCAAGACUUGUAGAACAAUGCAAGGGGGUUCAGGUGAUGGAGAAAGGAACGAGGAACCAAAGCGAGAUCUCAGAAGCAGAGGGCUCUGCCUUGUUCCCCUUUCGUGCACUUCCUAUGUUACCAAUGAUGGAAGUGGUGUUUGGCCACCUCCUCCUAACUUCGGUGGUGGCACAUGAAAAGAAAUGUGUUUUCUACAUUUUAUUUUUUAGAGCUCAUUUAUAUAUAUCAAAAUAAGGGAGAUAAGGCACUUUUUUAUGUUGCAUGGUCUUAGCAUUGUUCCACUAGGAAUUUCAUCUCUUUAGCUCACUCUAUGAUGGUCAAACCUCUGUGAAGAAACAAUCAUGUUGUAAUGGAGCAAACUUGGUCAUCUUGUAAGAUUAGGAUAGACCAAGUUUGAUCCAUUAAUCAUUCAUAUGUAUGGUUUGUGUUCAUUAGGGACCAUAUGUUAUCAUUGUCAUAUAUAUAUGCUAAUGUUAUUGAAGUC